GUGAGUAAGUUAAGUAGGUACACAUGAAAUUCUACACGAAAGCAAAACGUAUUUUUAAAGUGGAUAAAUUGCAGUAAAAAAUGUGAUCACGAGACAUAUGGAUGUCAAUUUCAAUGCAAAAUCGUGUUUAUGAUUUCGUGAAGUACAUAGAUAUACGACACAUCAUUUUCUUAACUCAUUCAUCGAUAUUCUUUUCGUCCAUCUUCGGCGCAGUUCUCAAUUGUAAAAAUAUCUGAUAAGAUUUUCGGGAAAAAAUGGAAAGAUAUCGAUUCUGGUUUUCUAAGCGUUUCGUCGUUAGCGUAUUGGCUUUUAUCGGAGAAAUGAAUAUAUUCGCUUUGAAAGCCAAUUUGAACAUAGCUAUACUCGAUAUGACAAGCAAGAGAGAAGUCAUCAUGGGAAAUACAACAGUAAUUCAGAAUCCAGAAUUCGACUGGGAUUCCAAAACUAAAGGCUUCGUUUUAGGUGUAAAUGAAUACGGGAGUUUAUUAGCGCCAUUGGGAGGAUACCUAGCGAUGAGAUAUGGAGGCUCGACCGUCAUUAGCAUCAGCAACGUGAUCAUAUCAAUUUUGACUAUAUUCACCCCGUUGAUAAUUCGUUAUAGUUUCAAUCUCUUUCUAGUCGAUCGAAUCAUUGAAGGAGUCACUCAAGCAUUCAGGUUCGUCAGUUUCCCCGAAUUAUGGAGUCAAUGGUCGCCUAACAGAGACAGAUCUAAACUCAUGGCUAUAUCAUUAACCGGAUUGUAUGCUGGACCUGCCAUAAUUUAUCCUAUAUUUGGAAUCGUAACACGAAAAUACGGUUGGCCAGCAACUUUUUACUUUUCUGGUGGCCUCUCUUUACUAUGGUCUGUUAUAUGGAUUCCUUUUGUGCCCAAUAGUCCUGCAUCUGAUAGAUGGAUAUCCAAAGAAGAGCUCAGUUAUAUACAACAAGAUCUCAAACAAUCUAGACCAAAAAAUAUCCCAGCAAUGUGGAAAAACAUGAUCCUCAGUAGGCAUGUCUACGCACUGGGAUUGUCAAAGGUAGUCUAUACCUAUGGAGCCACAGUAACUGUGGUCUGCCUACCUAUGUACAUUCAAGACCUCACUGGGAGAAGAAUCGAUGAAAUAGGUAUUUAUUCAGCCAUACCCACCUUUGUGAAUAUCUUCACUAUGCCUUUAACUGGUUACAUGUUGGAUUACUUCAACAAUACGAGUCGUUUGAACCCUACUCAGGUGCAUAAAUUGUUCAUGUGUACCGCAUUCGGAUUCGGAGGAAUUUUAUUACUUGCAAUGGCAUAUUUACCAUAUAAUUUCACUAUUUUGAUGAUAUGUUUGAUUCUGCUCAAGUGCACCGUAUCUGUGAAUGAAGUUGUGUGCAAUCUGAACGCGAUCGCUAUAGCGCCGAAAUGUUCGAGUGUUCUGACUAGUUUUUUAGCUCUAUUCUAUAUGGUUGGCGCAGUCACCGGUCCACUAAUCGUCGCUUUCAUAGUAACUGGCCACAGUCCGUCUCAAUGGAACACGAGUUUUAUAACGUUCGCGAUGAUCUUAUUUGUCGGAGCAAUAGCAUUUUUUGUGCUGGGAUCAGGUGAACCUCAGUCAUGGUCAUUUUCUAUCGACGAGCAAAACAAGAAAUGUGAUCAAGAUCAGUCACAGGGCAACCAACAAAGUUCUACAAAGGCGGUUUGAAAUGAAUUACAUACAUAGAUAUUUUUUAAAGCUUCCUAUCAUAAUCUGGAUACAUUUCCUCGAUAACAAUAAAGCUCUCAUAUAA